AUGUCGCGCACGUGCUCUCAGUGUGGGAACAACGGCCAUAACUCGCGCACAUGUACCGAAGCCAGCGGCGGAGGUGGUGGCGCCGCCUCGGCUGAAAACGGCAUCAUGCUAUUCGGCGUGAGAGUCACGGAGGAAAACGCGUUCAGGAAGAGCGCCAGCAUGAACAAUCUCUCCCAGUACGAGCAGAACCUGCAGGCCGACUCAAACGGCGAUGCCGGCUACGCCUCAGACGACGUCGUACACGCCUCUGGCCACCGCCGAGAGCGCAAGAGAGGUGUUGCGUGGACGGAGGAGGAGCACAGGCUGUUCUUGUUGGGUUUGCAGAAGGUGGGGAAAGGAGAUUGGAGGGGGAUUUCUAGAAACUUCGUGAAGACUCGGACCCCGACUCAGGUGGCGAGUCAUGCUCAGAAGUACUUCCUCAGGCGUAACAACCACAACCGAAGACGCCGCAGAUCUAGUCUCUUCGACAUCACCACUGAUGCCCCCUUGAUGAAUUCAUUGAUGGAUGAAGACAUAGGCCAGCAGAAGCACCAAGAAACAGCAACCGCGUUGCCCUACCCACAACAGCCACAGGCACAAAUGAAUUUGGGUCGCCACAUUCUUGGAGGGUUUCCAGUUUCGGCUUUUCCGAUGGCGCUGUCUCCGGGGGUCCUACCCGUCUCUGGUGAAACCUCAUCAGUGGACAAUCAGACUUCAUCAAUAGGACCAAAUUUGAAUUUACAGAACGAAGUGCCGCAGCAGGCAAAAGGAGCACCAACGACGUUGUCGGCUAAGCUCAUCCGUCCGAUUCCACUUCAUCCGGUGUCCCCUCCCCCAUCUUCCAAAAUGGCCGGUCUUAAUUUGAAUAACAAGUACACGCCGCCACCCACAAGGGAUCCAUCGCCUUUGUCGCUGAAGCUCGCAACUACGUCGUCCGAGGAGCAGUCACCUAGUAAGGCGUCGUCUCACUCGUCUGCGUUUCAAGGCAUGUCCAGUGGCUCAGAUAGCAUCAUCAGCGUGGCUUAA